AUGGCUCAAGUCUGGCUCAUCACUGGCUGCUCCUCAGGCUUCGGCAGCCAGUUCGUCACGCAAGCCCUUUCUCGCGGGGACAAGGUCAUCGCUACAGCACGCAACAUCGCCAAGCUCGCCCACCUCCGGGAAGCGGGCGCUGCAGUCAUGCAGCUAGACGUGACAGCCUCGCAAGAAGAACUGGACCAAAAAGCCUCUGAUGCGAUUGCUAUCUACGGAAAAGUCGAUAUCCUAGUGAACAACGCAGCAUAUACGCAGUUCGGGACAUUGGAGGACAUGAACCAUGAUGAGUACCUUUCGCAGUUCACCACCAACGUCUUCGGGACCAUCAACACAACCAGGGCGUUCCUGCCGCAUUUCCGUGAGCGCAGGGAAGGCGUGAUUGUUAACAUUGGCUCCAUGGCAGCGUGGGAGGCGUACCCCGCCGUCGGGGCGUAUUGCGCCUCCAAGGCUGCGCUUCGCUACGCGACCGAGGCUCUCGGUCAAGAGACUGCUUCUCUCGGGAUCAAAACGCUCUUGGUUGAACCCGGUCAGUUCCGUACUGAGCUUCUGAGCGCCAAUAAUAGCAUGUUCGUCGAGACCAGAUUCCCCGAGUAUCGGGCGUUGGCCGAUGCUUCGUUCGCGACAUUUCGCGAUGCGCAUGGGAAGCAGAGAGGGGAUCCCAAGAAAGGCGUUGCGCGGAUCAUUGAUGUGGUCAAGGGGGAGAACGCGGCAAAGGGGAAAGAGUGGCCAACGGAGCUGGCGCUGGGGCCGGAUGCGGUGGCGGUGAUUCGGAAGAAAUGUCAGGAUACGUUGAGGAAGCUGGAAGAGUGGGAGGAGUUCUCUUGUGGGACAGAUGUCUAA